AUGGAGUUCGGGCUGCUCAGCGAGGCAGAGGCUCGGAGCCCUGCCCUGUCCCUGUCAGAUGCAGGCACUCCACACCCUCCGCUCCCGGAACAUGGCUGCAAGGGCCAGGAGCACAGUGACUCGGAGAAGGCCUCGGCCUCACUGCCGGGGGGCUCCCCCGAGGACGGCUCGCUGAAGAAGAAGCAGCGGCGGCAGCGUACGCACUUCACUAGCCAGCAGCUGCAGGAGCUGGAGGCCACCUUCCAGAGGAAUCGCUACCCCGACAUGAGCACGCGCGAAGAGAUUGCCGUGUGGACCAACCUCACCGAGGCCCGCGUGCGGGUGUGGUUCAAGAACAGACGCGCCAAGUGGCGGAAGCGAGAGCGCAGCCAGCAGGCGGAGCUGUGCAAAGGUGGCUUCGCAGCCCCGCUCGGGGGCCUGGUGCCGCCCUACGAGGAGGUGUACCCCGGCUACUCGUAUGGCAACUGGCCGCCCAAGGCGCUCGCCCCGCCGCUCGCCGCCAAGACCUUCCCGUUCGCCUUCAACUCGGUCAACGUGGGGCCUCUGGCCUCGCAGCCUGUGUUCUCACCACCCAGCUCCAUCGCCGCCUCCAUGGUGCCCUCGGCCGCCGCUGCUCCGGGCACUGUACCAGGUCCCGGAGCCUUGCAGGGCCUGGGAGGGGCACCCCCCGGGUUGGCUCCAGCGGCCGUGUCCUCCGGGGCAGUGUCCUGCCCUUACGCCUCGGCAGCAGCCGCCGCUGCGGCAGCCGCCUCCUCCCCCUACGUAUAUCGGGACCCGUGUAACUCGAGCCUGGCUAGCUUGCGGCUCAAAGCCAAACAGCACGCCUCUUUCAGCUACCCCGCCGUGCCCGGGCCGCCUCCUGCCGCCAACCUCAGCCCCUGCCAGUAUGCCGUGGAACGGCCUGUGUGA